CUGAAUCAACCCCAGUUUAUAGACAGAUGUAGAUGCAUAUGGACACAUAAAUAUCCUAAAAUUGCUUCCUAAAAGUAGUGGUCAAGUUACGGGAUUUUAAACUUAGGCAGCAUUUAAUUAGCUUGAGUAUUCAGUCACGUCAACAUGUUUUCGAGUUGAAUUUAACAUGCUUGGAUACCUGUAAACACUAACCCGAAAGUUGUUUACUAAGUAAGUGUUGUAAUAAUGGAGCCGGAAAAAUUACAUAUACAAAUAUAUUUGUGUCUACUAUUGAUCACCUCAUCAUAUUCAAAUGUAGGAAAAAUGACUUCUUCGCAAAAUCAUUUUGGAAGUACUGUGCCGAGUCAAUUCAUUACAAAAAAUAAUACUCGCGUCAUCGCUCAGAAAGGAGGACUAGCAAUACUGCCAUGCGUGGUUAAAGUUAACUCCCCGGCUACGCAAUUCUUGCCCUCAAAAUUCUGGCAGCAUUGGUUGCACGAUUGAGUGAUAGUAGGUUAUGCAAAGAGAUCAGCUGAUUUGCAGCUGUUUAAACCAGCCUACCACACAGCGGUUCGUCGCAGUAUCAACGCCUUCCCAACAUCUCCAAUAAAAUGCGUCCUAGCAGAAGCGGGUUUGUCCACAAUGGAGGACAGAGUUGCAGAAACAACAGCCCUGCUUAUCCCGAAAAUGUUCUGCUCACCCAACCUGCUCCUUCAAACUAUGGUACGGAAAGCUAUAAAUCAACGGAGAACCUACCGAUACCUCUCCACAAUACGCCGAUGCGCCGCUCUCUCCAAAAAAUGGAAUAUCCCAACUCCAACAACACCGAAAAUCCCCAGCGCCCCUUCAUGGCUUCUUAGACAAUCCUCUAUUAACUGCGCGCUACAGGAAUUUCAAAAAAUCACACAAACGGGGAAACUUUCUGCCAAUUAUUUUAUAAUGAAACAGCCAAGGAAUUUUAUGUUAAUCGAACGUGGAUAUUCACUGACGCAACAAAAUCAGCUGAACUCACUGCAUUCGCAUGCGUUGACAUCAAUGGUAAAAUUCUAUCAGCAGGAACACUACCAGAAUACUACUCUGUAUUUUCAGCCGAAGCAGAAGCUAUUCUGAAAGCCAUCGUUUACGCACAAGGCAGAACUGGAAAGUUUACGAUAUGUACCGAUAGCCUAUCGACUGUAGAAUCUGUCAAAAAUCUAUCUAACACAAACCCAACAAUCGUGCAGAUACGGGAAAGUUUAAUAAAAACCCCUCUAAAACUUAACAUAUUUUGGGUUCCCAGCCACAGGGGCAUCAGGGGCAAUGAGUUGGCUGACAAUGCAGCAAAAGCAAUGUCAAAGUAUCCCACAAUCAUGAUACUCCCUUCAGCGGAAAAAGAUCUGCGAAAAGUUAUUCUCAAACAGCUCCACUCGCAAAAAAUCGAAAUCUGGGCUAACUUUCAUCACAGAUACAGGAACUGCAACCCAAAUUUGGAGAAAGUCAAGUUCCCUAUCAACACAUCCCGAACGAAAAACACUAUUUUCACCCGCCUCCGGAUAGGACACAGCAGUGGCACCCACAGCCAUGUACUGUCAGGAGACCCAAAACCGAACUGCCACUUAUGUGGUCUAGAGCUCUCUACCGCACACCUGCUGGACACCUGCAAAAAAUUAGUUAGCAUUAGAAAAGCUCAUUUUCCAAAUAUACUUACCCUACGUCACAACAAUAAAUAUAAAUAAAAUAUAUAGAUAUUUACAAGAUUGUAAUUUAACAAAUAAGAUAUAAUCCUACAUAGAGCCGAAGGCCUGGUCGCUAGCGCUCUUAUUAUAUACUUAGCUUUAAUAUUCUUGUGUAUUAUAGCUAACUUUGUAAAUAAAUAAAUAAAACGAGCUGGGCGGCUAAUCACAAGUUC